UGUUAAAUUAAUCCUCGUGUCAUACUUUAUCAGAGCACUAGCUUCUAGGAAAGCUGAGGCAUUUAUUUAUAAUUCAAUAUUCUUCAACGCUGGAGCAACGGACGGUAAUUGGUUUUUGAUGCCUCGAUAAAUUGAAACAAAGUCCAACUUCACUAACUACAAGAAGCAGUUUGCUUUUACUGGUGAUUUAAUAAGUUAUUAUUGAUACUAUGACAGCCACGGAACAAAGUGGUAGAACUAUAGACUUUAAAUAAGAGCUGACUCCGCUGUUCUUGUUGUCCGCUGUUGCUUUAAUUAUCACAAUCGGAGUCGAACAACCUCAGAAAUAUUCCAUAGUAUGCAGCCUAGUUCUCAAUGUUAAUGCAAAUUAAUGUACUAAGUAAACACGGAAAGGCAGUCGAUCGUGUUUUAACGUUUCGGCCGGGAGGGCCUUGACUUUCGAAUUUUGUUUUUAUUUUUUAUCGGUGUCUUCGACCGUAUCGUAUGUGCGAAACGUAUUAUCAAUGGCAAAAAUGUAACGGAACGCGUGUGGGGGAAAUGGACCGAGAGGCAACGAACCUGCGCGCGCGCCGUCUUCUAUCGUCCCAGUUGGUUUUGGCGCAGUGAGGCGUACGUGCGCGGGCGACCAUGCGCCCAGCUUCUCAUUACUGUUAUGUGCAUUACAUGACCGGACUGCAUCUGUGAUUGCUCUGUGUGUGACUGUGCCGGUGCUGUGCCCUCUUGGAUGCCAGGAGCUGCUGAUCUAGGUACAAGAGCGGGGUGCGCGGCGUGAGAGGCGGCGCGGAGGAGGCGCGGCGCGGCGGCCUCAAGGCGCUGCCGGCGAAGCGCGCGCGAGCCCGCUGCCGGGGCAUGAACAUGGGCCAAAAGCUCUCCGGCGGUGUGAAGGCGGUGUCGCGCGAGUGCACCGCGCCGUUCAAGGCGGUGGUGGCGCGCGAGCUGGCCCCCGAGCCGCCGCGCCCGGCGCGCCUGGACGCGCUGCUGGACGCGCCGCCCGCGCACCCCGACCUGCAGGUCAAGCACGCGUGGAACCCUGAUGAUAGAUCACUAAACAUAUUCGUCAAAGAAGAGGACGCUCUAACCUUCCACCGGCAUCCGGUGGCUCAAAGCACGGACUGCAUCCGCGGACGGGCGGGCUACUCGCGCGGCCUGCACUGCUGGGAGGUGGUGUGGCCGGCGCGCCAGCGGGGCACGCACGCCGUGGUGGGCGUGGCCACCGCGCACGCGCCGCUCCACUCGGUCGGCUACCAGAGCCUCGUCGGCGCCACGGACCAGAGCUGGGGCUGGGACCUUGGCAGAAAUAAGGUGUACCACAACGCGAAAGGCACCGGCGGCAGCGGCACCACCUACCCUGCGCUCCUCAGACCCGACGAACAGUUCCUCGUGCCGGACCGCCUGCUGGUGGUGUUGGACAUGGACGAGGGCACGCUGGCGUUCUGCGCCGACGGCCGCUACCUGGGCGUGGCGGCGCGCGGGCUCCGGGGCAAGACGCUGUACCCCAUCGUGUCGGCCGUGUGGGGACACGCGGAGAUCACCAUGAAGUAUAUUGGCGGGCUCGAUCCCGAACCCCUGCCCCUAAUGGAACUCUGCCGGCGCGUGAUACGGCAGCGCGUGGGGCGGGGCCGCCUGCGCGCCGCCGCCACCCGCCUGGCGCUGCCGCCCGCCCUGGCCGCCUAUCUGCUGUACCGCGCGCCCUAGCAGCCGCCCGCCCUGCCACGCACUCACCCAGCAGCGACAGUCUAGCCAGCUCUGACGUCCAGCGCGAAGGAAGUUUAAGCUAAUGUGAAUGUGUUGCUGUCAUGCUUUGAUAGUAUAAAGACGGUGACAGCAAUAGAUUCAAAGUUGAGAAUAGUCUGAAGUUUCUUUGUGCGAGUUUUUACACCGUUCGGAGGGUGAAAAGCAAAUUGGUAUGGCGCAGGAGUCACAGACUUUUCACUGCCCGGACGGUGAGAAAAACUCUCACUGGGCGCUUUGAUAGUGAAUAAUCGUUGUGGAGAUAAACAAUUCGCAAUAUGUUUGCUAAAUAAGGUCCGCUAUCUGAUAGCCAAUCCAGUAUGGCGGUUGAUACCGACAGCAUUUGUAAUGUAACUUUUCCUUUGACUUAAUUAACUGACGGACAUUCCAAGUAUGCCUUACAUAAGUAAUUAUAGCAAUAGUUAGUGUUCAUUGUUGCAAACUCGUUUCAUUAUUAAUCAAAUUAGCCGCCAUUUUGUUCUAUUGGUUAUCAGCUAUAGAAACAUAAAUUUUGUUGAUUCCAUCCUCAUUGUCUAGUACCGACUUCAGUUUCCGAAACGUAUCAUUCUUAUUAUGUUAUCUGUGAUAAAUAUAUUUAAUAAUUCUCUUGCACACACAGCUGAAUGUAAUAAUCCCGCGUGAACAUUUGAUUUGUGAAGCCAGCGUGACUGGAAUGCCUUGUGGCGGGCGUACAAUGGUACUAUUUUGUUACCUAAAUCAAGAAUAUAAAUGUCGAAUGUAGACAAAAUACUUUUAAGUUUAGAUGUGGCAGUUAAGCCAAAACUUGUGUUAAGAUUAAUCAACUUUGAUGCAAGCCGCACGUGUUUAAAGCCAUAUUGAUCUCUCAACUGACGCGCCCCCACAUACCGCUGGUAGCCGGGGGCGCGCUUUACUUGUUAAGAAUUAUAAUAGACGACAGACAUGAUCUAACCAACUCACGAGCCUCGGCAAUGCUUAUAAUUAUUAUUAGAUGUGACUAUUGUUUGAUCAACAAUAGCGGACGAUGACGUGGCGUCGCUCCAAAUCUUAGGCCAGUGUAUCGUUGGCAAUUUUUACACUAUUUUAUAGCUCAUUAAGCGACUGGUUUAUUUUUUAGUUUAUAGUGACCCUUUCCUAUUGUAAAAACGUGUGUGUGUGUUCGUAUUGUAUAUAUCAACAAAUAUACGCAUUGUAUCCACAGAAGUUAACAUGUCACCGUGAAUUAGUUUCGCUGUACAUUUCUAAAAGGUGUUUUUGCUUUAAGAAAUUAUUUUCUAGUGUUUAGAUCGGUGCGCAGCGAGUCGUCGCCUCGCUAAGUCUUCGUUUGCAACUUUUAGACUAAUAGGUAUAAUGCGAAAAUGAAAAUAGUAUUGUCAGCAUUAUACUAAUUAACUUGUCAGCCAUUUUUGAUCCAAAUUAGUUGUAUCGUAUCCCUAUGAAGGUGUGUAAGUACUUCCAUUUUAAUAAGAUUUUUCCAUACGUAGAUUAACGACGUGUAGACGUCCCAUCGCGGGUUCACUGUGGCCGGUUGGUAUUCACAUGCAAACCCAUCUUUAACUUUAUUCAACAUGGGACAUUAUUAUUAUUAUAUUUGACAAUUUAAUUUAGGACGUGUGUCUUUUAGUUUAAAUUAUUAGGGAUAUUUAUGACAAUGGUAGAGCUGAGAUUUGUAUGUGAAUAUUGACAUUUUAUAAGCGAGAAUGAAUUAAACUGCCAAAUGCGUUGUGCGUGAAAGAGACGAGAGAUGAAUGAGUGACACGAAUACACAAGACAAAAUAGAUCUUUCCCCGCAUAAAGAUAAUAAUCAUGAUGAUAAAUAAUACACCAAGCUCGAUGUACUUCUGACGUCCCUUACGAUAAACCCCUUACAGAGGACCAAUGCUUUCUUGCUGUAACCUCCCACCACUCACAAGUGUCGCCUCCUCCUUCUGUCCCCCACUUCUGUACACCCUACAGGGGUUUAUCGUAAAGAAUUAUAAUUAAUAUAGUAAAAAUAUUUUGAUUUCCAUGAAACAUCAAAUUUAGCCCUGUAUAUAUAUUUUUUAUAAUUUUGCAGUGUUUUUUAACAUUUAAGUGGAAAAUGCAUUUUAGUUGUGUAAGUUUUUAGGCAAUAUUUUUAAAAGGUAAUUUCUAACGGAUAACUGCGUUUGUCAGUCGAAUCUCUUAGACACAAGAUAUAAAAAAAAUAGGAAAACGAUUGGAGUAAAAUAUAACUGGUUAAGAAAAUAAUAAAUGAUAUGAACUAAA